AUGUUUUUCUCUACAAAGGCACUUGCACUUCCUUCGCUCGUUUCUCUCGCCGUAGCUGGCCCUACGGGACAUAACGCCAUCUUUAGGAGGGCUUCAGGGACUCACUCGGCUAGGCAGCCUGCAUGCACUGUCAACAGUGUAUCUAGCGCCUCUGACUUGUCCGACUGCACCUCCGUCGUGAUUGAAGCUUUCACUGUACCAUCUGGGAAAACUAUAACUAUUAGGGCAGCGCCGGGCGCAGUCGUCUCACAGACCGGUGCUAUCACAUUCGCUAAGACGACAGCAUCGGGACCUCUCUUGACUAUCGCCACCACAAACGUCACUUAUGAUGGCAAUGGACACAACAUCAAUGGAAAUGGCUGGCUAUAUUGGGAUGGCAAAGGAGCAAUUGGUGAGGGGAAGCCGCACCCUCUUGUCAAGCUACAGGAAUAUGGAACCUUUCAAUCGUUCACUGUCCUCGAUUCGCCUGCGCAUGCUAUCUCUGUUGGCACGACAGGUCCCAGCACAAUUCAACACGUUACCGUGGAUAACUCUGCGGGUAACAAGAAUAAAUUGGGUGUUAACACGGAUGGUUUUGACAUUAGUGCAAGUGAUGUUACCCUCUGUAACAAUACCGUCAUCAACCAAGAUGAUUGUGUUGCCAUCAAUAACGGCAGUAAUAUUCUCGUACAAUACAUGACCUGCGUCGACGGCCACGGCUUGUCGAUUGGCUCAGUUAGUUCCGGUGAUUCCGUCUCAAACGUCAUAUUCCGCCAAAAUACGGUCAUGAACAGCGCGAAUGGACUCCGGAUCAAGGUCAAAGCCGACGCUGAGAAUAGUUUCGUUUCGAAUGUGGUGUAUGAUGGCAAUAUCGCUUCGAAUAUUUCCAAAUACGGCUUCAUCCUCACCCAGAGUUAUCCAGAAGUUUUCGGUAAGGCAGGCACAAAAGCCCCCAUUACAGGAAUUUCCUUUACGGGAUCGACAAAUUCCGUAUCCGUCGCCUCAAAAGCCUACAGUGUUGGAGUAAACUGUGGCAAUUGUCAAGGUGUACUGGACUUCACCGGGUUGCAGGCCACAGGAGGCCGAGGCAGGAAGCUCGUGGCACAGGGUGUCCAGAUCCAAGGUCUUGGCCCAAACUGA